UGGACGGCCCAGUUCUGCUUCUCAUCCCUCUUUGCCAGCCAGUGCCGGGAGUGUAAAGCUAAGGACACAGGCCAGCUAAGGUGACGGGAGACAUGGCCUCAGGAGACAUGCUUUUUCUGCAAGGGGACGUUUCCCCCUGGAUCUCGGGUGAAGUCAGCUGCUAUGGAGAAACAGAUCAGCCGGUGAACACGGAGACCACGUCUAACCCUGCAGCAGUUGCACAAUUGCUCUUGGUCCAGUCGUCAGAGGAGUCAUGGAAGAGCGCUGCCGUCAGCAGCAAGAGCCGAUGCUCCGAGGAGCAUGUACUGACCUGCACGUUUGAAGCCUGUGACCUGGAACAAACAGGACAGGUGUCUGUUUUCCGUAUUAUCGAGUACUUACAGUCGGUGACAGGGCAAAGCUGUGAGGAAGAGAAACUGCAGUUGCUUUACAAAAUGCUGGACCCAGAAGAGAGGGGUGUCGCUGUGGAUUUACCGACCUUCCAUGCUGUCAUGAAAAACUGGAUUGCAGAUUGUCGGCAGGAUGGGGGAUUAGAUAGCACGAAGGAACGAGACAUGUUUGUGGACAAUAUGUGCCUGUGGCCAUCUGGGAGGAGGAGGCCUGUCUCUAGUACUGCUCAGUUAGAAGGAUAUGGCGGGGAUGUUAGCAGCGUAAACUCGGAAGAAGCUGCCGCCUUGAUAAGCAGCAUUGAAGACCUGGAGUACGGGAACAAAAAGUUGGCCGUGCAGAAUGCCAAGCUGCAGAGGACCAUCGAGGCAGCUGAGGAACUCAACUCCCGCCUCACCGAAGAGCUCUCCCAGCUGCAAGGCAGACUGAGAAGCACGCAACAGGCCCUGGAACAGGCUAAGCCAGUGGCUAACGAACUAGAAGACCUGAAGGCUAUUGCAAAAAGUCUGGAAGAGGAGAAGGGCAAAUACUAUUCACAAGCCCGGCAGCUGGAGAAGGAACAGCUGUGCCUCUCUCUACAAGUGGACUGUCUUCAAGAGGAGGCCCAGCUCUGUGAAUAUGAAACUCUCCUCUCCUGCAAAGACACUGCCCUUACUGAGAAAACAAACCGUGCCGAAGAACUGACAGCAAUGCUGGCGGAGAACAGGACAGUGGUGCAGGAGCUGAGACUGGAAACAAGCCAGCUUCAGGAGCAGCUGUGUCAAACUACCGAAGACCUGGCCAUGCUGCCGAAGGAGCUGCCCCACGAGCUUAAACCCCACGUUCAGCUUCCUGCACAGCCACUCUGCGUGGAGAUAGAAGAAAUCCAGCAGGGACGAAAGGCUGAGGCCAGUCUGCCGAGCCCGCUGUGCGGGAUGUGGCCAGGUUCAGGAGCUCCUGCGUCGGCACAGCUGCUUGUCGAGAUGAGCCCCGUGGAUGUCAGGGUGGUGGCAGAGGAGCAGGAUGUGGGCGUGGCCGAUUGCACCCCAGCAUGGGUGGCUCAGCCGAGUGCCGCCGGGGAAGCCAACCCCCUGGCUGAGCAGCAGCAGCGACUGAUGCCAGAGAUGCCAGAAGGCACAGAGGAGAGGAGAGACUGGCGCUGCCCCGCCAAGGAAGAGUUGUGUGCGCAUGACGCAGAGGAGCAGCUUAAACUCGCCACAGGGACCAGCGAAGAGCACAGCUGCUUAUCCUGUGUGGAGACCCGUGUGCUUCCUUGGCCAGAAGGGAAGGCAGCAAAGCCUAUCUGUCUGGAGGCCGGGCCCGCAGACACUCUAUUGUCCAGCCCAGCAGAGAGGAGCCCUGUGGGAGGCCUGCAGCAAGGUGCACUCAUCCUUGUGCAGAACCAGCUGUCCCCUGUCAAACAGAAGCAGCUGCACAACUGCUGGCUUGAAACCUUAGCCCCAUGGUUUCGUUCGGGCCUGAUAUUCCUUCUGCAUCAGCCACAGCCCCACCUCCUCCCCAGCCGCCUGCUGCUGGCCCUGCUUGUGACACUCCUCCUGCUGCCAGUGCUGUGCUAUCUGGUGCUGCCCAGCUGGACCACGGCCACAGGGCUGGCAUGGCCACACCUCCAGCUGCGGUACCUCAGGCCCCCACCUGUGUGACUCCCUUCCCACCCACAUGGGAAAGCAGCUCGUUGGGGGCCCGGGAAGGACUGUUUUAAGCUGCUGGAAGCAAGUCUGACCUGAAGGCAAAUAAAGACAGUUUGGGCUGAUGACCCAGGAGCGUAGCUAUCAGUGCAAGGUCAGCCUGAGCCAUCACGGUCCUGCAGGGGGCCCUUGUUCCCGAUCACGAGGUCCCUUCUGUGGUGUUCUGGCAGCUCUGAGUGGCCUACAGGCCUUGCUGCCAACCCUUGGCAUAGGGGGCGGGGCAGGGGUGUGGCCAGGGUUCCCUGCAUGGUGGACUGCCCGUGGGGCACAGCAGGGGCUUGGCUGAACAGGCUGUGGCUGGAAUGUCCUGGCUCGUGACAAUUCUCUGCCCCACAGGCUGUCGAGGGGGCAGACUGGGGGCAUGGCUGGGGGGCACUGGGCUGCGCGAUUCUCUACCCCCAGGGCCCAUCAGGGGCAGAGCAGGGUGCUGUGGCUACUCCUCAGGGCCAGUGGGAAUAAGUUAGGGCAGA